AUGGCGGAGGCGGGAAAAGAGCCUGCAGGCCUCGCGUUCCCGGGAGGAGGUGCCACCCAAUGGCCUCUGCAGCGGUAUGGACGCUUCAUGCCCUCAGGCACCGGAGAGCCUCCUGGUCCUGGUCAGGGCGCUGGGACAGCCUCUUCCCUCACAUGGAAGGUUUUUGACUCCAGUGAAGAAUCUGGGUAUCUUGUUCUCACCAUCGUUAUAUCAGGUCAUUUCUUCAUUUCCCAAGGACCCACACUGCUGGAAGGGUUUUCACUCAUUGGUAGCAAGAACUGGUUGAAGAUUGUGAGACGCAUGGAUUGUCUGUUGUUUGGAACAACGAUAAAGAACAAGAGCCGCAUGUUCCGGGUGCAGUUUAGUGGAGGGUCCAAGGAGCAGGCGCUGGAAAGCUGCUGCAGCUGCGUGCAGAAGCUGGCCCAGUAUGUGACCGUCCAGGAGCCUGACAGAGUCAGCCAGGAACUCAGGCCAAGUGCUGGCCUGCUGGGGGCAGGUGAAAGCCAAGGGAAGGAUGGUGCACAGCACAUCCCACCGCAGCACCAGUCACACCAGAAGCCAGAGAAGCAGCAGCAGCAUGGACCGGCCGGCACAGGGACUUCAGGAGGAAGGACCUCAGUGAGUUGGUUGGCUCAGUCUCUCCUGGUGUCAGAGGAGCUGUCCCCGGUCUAUGAACAAUCUGCGCGGGACACGGAAGACUUACGCCCCUUUCUACGCUUGUGCCUCAUGGAUCAGAAUUUCCCCGCAUUUGUGGAAGAGGUGGAAAAGGAACUUAAAAAGCUGACAGGAUUGAGAAAUUAA